AUGUCUGUAGAAAAAGGAUUUGCCACCCAACCCAAACUUUUCGGUAAGUGGAACUACGAUGAAGUCAAGAUCUAAGAUCCUUGCUUCUAAAACUACAUUGCUUGUACCACUACCAAGUCCCAAGUUUUCGUUCCCCACACUGCUGGCAGAUAUCAAGUCAAGAAGUUCAGAAAGACUCAAUGCCCCAUUGUUGAAAGAUUAAUUGGUACUCUUAUGUUCCACGGUAGAAACGCUGGUAAGAAGGCUCUCUGCAUCAAGGUCGUCAAGAACGCUUUUGAAAUCAUCCACUUGGUUACCGGAAGAAACCCCUUGGAAGUUUUCGUUGGUGCCGUCCAAAAUGCUGGUCCCAGAGAAGACUCCACCAGAAUCGGUACUGCUGGUGUCGUCAGAAAAUAAGCUGUCGACGUUGCUCCCAUGAGAAGAGUUAACCUUGCUAUUUAUUUCAUCAUUAAGGGUUGCAGAGAAUCUGCUUUCAAAUCAAUGAGAUCUAUCGCUGAAACCUUAGCUGAUGAAAUCAUCAAUGCUGAAAAGAACAACACCCAAUCUUCCUGGGCUAUUAGAAAGAAAGACGAAAUCGAAAAGGUCGCUAAGGGUAACAGAUGA